AUGAAAGUUCUUACUAAUACGCAGUUUAAUGCUUUGGUAACGAAAAGGAAAUAUGUAAACUGGACUGCAGAGGACAUUUCAAGAAGUUUAGUGCUGAGAGCUCUGUCUAGAAAAUCUUACGAUUAUUUGAGAAAUAAAGUCGGAAUCCCUCUACCUAGCUCUAGCACUCUGAAGAGAUGGUGCUCUAAAUUUAACUACCUUGCUCAAAUAUUGGAGGAGAAGUUUCCGGAUACAAGUAAAGAUGCCAUUAAGAUUUAUUCCCGGGCUCGCACAUUCAUAAGAAUUCGGCGACUAAAUUCUAAAUUUGAAAGAGAUCGAAAAAAAUCAGAAAAGAAAAUGCAGAAAUGGAUUGAUUCUCAAAAACGAUAA